UUUUAAAUCUGCGUGUUUUCCUUCGUUUUCCUGUCAAUUUAAUAAUGACAUUUUUAUAACUGAUGAAAUUGUAAAAUAAUAACUUACUGGAAAUUAGUUUAAAAAUGAAUAAAUUAACAACUUAUACAAUAAAAGAACUUCAUAAAAUAUAUCGAGAUAAAUUAUUAACACCAACAAGCUUCGUAGAUUUGUGUUUACAAAAAGUUAAGCAAACCAGUGAAUUAAACGCUUUUGUGACCGUGACUGAAGAUGAGGCAGAAAACCAUGGUGUUGAGAGUGAAAAGCGAUUUUAUAUAGACAAGAAAUCACGAAUGUUAGAUGGCAUAACUUUUGGAAUAAAGGAUAACUUCUGUACUAGUAACAUUACAACGACAUGUGCUUCGGAAAUGUUAAAAAACUUUGUCCCAACUUAUGAUGCGACUGUAUAUGCUAGGUUACGAGCCGCUGGUGCUUGUCUCAUUGGUAAAUGUAACCUAGACGAGUUUGCUAUGGGUGCUGGGACAGUGGAUUCUAUUUUUGGACCUACUCGCAAUCCAUGGGGUUAUGAUAAAAGUAAUGAUGAUUGGAGAAUAUCUGGAGGUAGCUCAGGAGGUAGUGCUGUGGCUGUCAGCUCGGGGGCUUGUGUUGCUGCUAUAGGAUCUGAUACAGGAGGUUCAACAAGAAAUCCAGCUGCAUUAUGUGGAAUAGUUGGUCUUAAGCCCACAUAUGGUUUAGUAUCUAGAUAUGGCUUAAUACCUUUAGUAAAUUCAAUGGAUGUACCAGGAAUAUUGACUAGAACUGUAGAAGAUGCAGCAACUAUUUUAAAUUGCAUUGCAGGACCAGAUUUCUUAGAUUCUACAACAAUAAAAAAAGAAUUUGAUCCUGUGUCUAUUACAGAUGAUUUUGAUAUGACUAAAAUAAAAAUUGGAAUACCUAAGGAGUAUUAUUGUGAAGGUAUGAGUCAAGAGGUCAUAGACACAUGGAGAUAUGUAGCCGAUUUACUCGAGAAUCAAAAAGCUGUGUUAAAAUCUGUGUCAUUACCACAUACAUCAGUUUCAAUUGCUGUUUAUUCCAUUUUAAAUCAGUGCGAAGUAGCAAGCAAUAUGGCACGAUAUGAUGGUUUAGAGUAUGGUUUCAGAGCAGAGGAAAAUUAUUCUACAGAAGAAUUAUAUGCAUCAACAAGGUCUCAAGGGUUUAAUGAUGUGGUACGUUGUAGAAUAUUUGCAGGAAACUAUUUUUUACUCUCAAGAAACUAUGACAAAUAUUUUGUAAAGGCACAAAAAUUACGUAGACUUAUUUCCAAUGACUUUAAAAAUAUUUUUAAUGGUGAUGAUCAUGUGAAUAUAUUGUUGACACCUACUACACUAUCAGAUGCACCUUUAUAUAAAGAUUUUAUGUCAAAACACAACAGAGAUCAAUGUGCAUUUCAAGACUAUUGUACACAACCUGCGAAUAUGGCUGGUAUUCCUGCCAUAUCUAUACCAAUUCGUUUGUCAAAGAAUAAUCUUCCUCUGUCAGUACAACUGAUGGGUCCAUUCUUAUCAGAAGAGAUAUUACUAAAUGUUGCCAAAAGAAUUGAAAAUAUUGUUAAAUUUCCUGCUGUAGCAUUAUAAAUGUAUAUUCUUAUAACUAUUAAAAAUGUUCAUAGUUAA